AUGGCAACGACGAAACCGAGCAUCACCAUCGACCUGUCGCGCAAGCAACGUCCGACACGAGACCAUGAUGCUCCUGACUCUACCACCACGGCGGCAGUGAGGGAACACCUCCCUGCGGCCAAAGCCACAAAGUCGCAUCCGGGGAUCAAAUCUUCCCCGGACGACAAGAACAAAAACAACAACAGUGCCAGCCUCUUCUUCGUCGGCACGGCCACUACGAUCCUCGAAUGGCGCGGCGUCCGGCUCAUGACAGAUCCCAACUUCCUGCACCAGGGAGACCACGUCCACCUGGGCCCUGGCGUCCGCGGCACCCGUAGGACCAAUCCGGCCGUGGACCUCGACGACCUGCCCAACAUCGACCUCGUGCUGCUCUCGCACUACCACGCCGACCACUUCGACCAGGACGUCGAGGCUUCCCUCCGACGCGACCUGCCCAUCAUAACGACACCGCAUGCCCACCACCACCUCAGCACCAAGGGCCCCCACGAGUCUUUCACGGCCGUCCACGCUCUCGACGCUUGGGAAGACAUGUAUGUCGACCUUGCUGCUGGCGGCGGCGGCGAGGUCCAGCCGUCACAAUCGCACUCACCAUCGCCAGCUCCUUCUUCGUGUCCCAGAAUCCACGUCACAGGCAUGCCAGGUAAACACGUCGGGGACGGCCUCCUCGCCAAAGCCAACGACAUUCUCGGAGCCGUGCCGCCUACAAACGGCUGGAUGCUCGAACUGGGCUAUUCGUCGUCGUCUUCUGCUGCUGCUGCUGCUGCGUCUUCUGACGGUGCAAAAGACACCGACACGUCCAACUUUGAAUGUGGUUACCGAAUCUACAUCUCAGGCGACACCCUGUACGUCAGCGACCUCGAAAAGAUCCCCGAGCUCUACACGCACGCCGGGCGACCGAUCGACCUGAUGCUGAUCCACCUCGGCGGCACCACCAUUCCGGGCCCUCACAUGCCGUUGCUCAUGGUGACGAUGGACGCGAAGCAGGGCGUGCAACUCGUCAAGUUGGUCCAACCGGACUUGACCAUACCUAUUCAUUAUGAGUAA